UGAGUUUUAGUGUUUUAGCAUCGGUCUGUCUGUGGAUAGUAGGACAGGAAACUGAACCUCAGGAAAACAAAAAAGAUCCCUUGUAGAAGACACCCCCCCUCCUUUCUCCCUGUGUGACCGCCCAGAAGCAGGGAAGGGAGGGGGGAGAGAAAGUGGAGCUUUGUGAAUGACGGGAGCGGCGGAAAACAAACUUUAACACUUUAUCUCCUCAGCCUGCGUCUAUUUCUGCUCCUCUCUCUAAAAGAGGAGAUCCUGGACCAAGAGGGGAGAAAUCACGAAGCUGAUGUACAACUGAAGCGAUUCAGAAAAACUGAAGAAAAUGUUUGUUACUUUAUCUAUUUGGUUCUACCUGCUGGGGUUAAGUUUAGCGGACCCUUGCCUCAUUAUCAGUGAAAUCAAUGCUGAUAACCCCAGACUGGACACCUCUGAGUUUGUUGAGCUGUACCACACUAGUGGACAGCGGGCCUCUCUGGAUGGCUACACCCUAGUCUUUUAUAAUGGAAAUGGAAAUAUAGCCUACAAGGUGCUAGACCUCAAGGACCACAGCACAGACGACAGAGGUUUCUUCCUGGUGGGCUCAGUGGACUUGGUGCCCAGCCCGGCCAUCCCCCUGCCACCGAACACAGUCCAGAAUGGCCCGGAUGCAAUAGUUCUUUAUCGCACCUCUGCCGCCCGAUACACGGAAAAAAUGAACGUCACGCCAGUGGGGCUGGUGGAUGCCGUGGUCUAUAUGAAUCGCCACUCUGCAGAUGCACAGUUCCUGGCUGAGACCCUGACCCCUGGGGAGCAGCCCUUUGUUGAAGACGAUGCGGCGCAUGAGGCCGAUGAGUCAAUCGAAAGGUGCCUCCUCUCUGAAGAUCAGUGGGGUUUCCAGUUAUCCCUGCCUUCGCCAGGUCAACGAAACAACUGCACCCCGCCUCCUGCACCAUUGACCAGUCCCUUCAUUAAUGAGCUGAAGCUGGGGGGAGGACAGGUGGACGGGAUGGUUGAGCUGACAGACACCUCGGCUGCAGGUCCUAUAGCGGUGGUGGUGUGGGAUGGGAAAACGGACAAGGUUAGUGUCAGCAUAGACGUGGACACCUCCAGAUCUGGCUUCCUCUCUGUGACCGUUGACAAGAAAUACAUGAAAGGAGAUGAGUCCGGCGCUGUGGCUAUUUACAGUGGCAGAGCUGCAGACUUUCCGGUGGGGAGUCCGCUGAGCCAGACGCAACCUCUCGAUGCGUUCGUGUUCGCCGGUCCAGGAAGCAAGCCGAGCUCCAAUCUCACAGAGACGCUCAUCCCAGGCAGACAGCCAUACCAGCUCAGCAACAGUUUGCGAGAGGGAGGCUUCUAUCUCAGUCGCUGCGGUGUGGCUACCUGGCCCAGAGAUCCAGGUAUUUUCUGGGAGGCCCCACAAACCCCUGGGCAGUCCAACAAGUGUCCUUGGCCAAAAAUCUGCCCUCACACCAUUUUGAUUCCUGGAGGUACAGAUUCACCGCGUCACCUCCCACCGGGAAGCAGUGGUGACUUCCUGAUCAAUGAGCUGAACACAGACACGCCUGGUGCAGCCGAGGAUGGAGAGUACAUCGAGCUCUGGCACCCGUCCGGUGUCAGGGUCUCCCUGCAGGAUGUCUGGAUUCUGCUCUUUAGUGCGCACAACAACAAGCCAUAUCAGGAGAUCAGCCUGAGCGGGCAUUUCACCACCUCCAAAGGCUAUUUCCUGCUGGGCAGCCACAGGCUGGUGCCGGCUCCGUCUUUACGCCUUCCUCCCAACACCAUCCAGAAUGGACCGGACGCUGUGGCUCUGUACCGUAGCCUAUCCGGGCCGCCGUCGGCUACUCAGAGAGGGAUCCCAACAAAGGGCCUGCUGGAUGCUGUGGUCUAUCGACAGAAGGGGUCAGAUAGGGAGGCACAGGAACUGAGCAAAGCUCUGACCCCAGGACAGCUGCCGUUGUUGGAGGACGACCGCGUUCUGACGGGGGAUGAAACCCUCAGCCGCUGCGGAGGCCUCUACCCUUUGGAUCUGUCUGCUUUCUCGGUUGCUCCCCCCACACCUCUCCGGGAAAACAUCUGCCCCCGGCCUCCUCCAGCGCCUGAGGGUGUUGUCAUCAGUGAGGUGUCCAGCAGGCACUGGAGCAAUCACAGCCAGCAGACUGCCUUUGUGGAGUUACACGGACCACCCAGGACAGAACUGAGAGGCCUUGUGCUCACUGUGUUCGACCAGGACUUCAGCGGGACAGUCAUGGCUCUUCCUUUAAAAGGUUUUAUUGAUCAGGAUGGGUUAUACGUCAUUGGAAAUGUAACUGAAGCAGAUCAGGUGUUUCCUGAUGGCACCUCAAUGCCGGCGCGAGGAGCAGUGGUCCUCUGCUAUGACCUGUUUAGCGUCUGCAGAGCUGGUAAUGCUCUGACCAACUCAAGCCUCAGAGAUGUGCUGGUGUUCAGUGAAAACCAGCGACUGCUAUCCUCUCUCUCCACCACCAGGGGGAGACAAGUCAUCCCUGCUUCAAGGUCUGUGGGGAAUGGUCCCAUCUCACUCAGCCGAUGCUCAUGCUGUGAGGUCAGGAGCCCGUCCUCGUGGACCACCUCGUCCCCCACGCCUCACAGAAACAACCUCUGCCCAAGCUCCGCCUACUCGACUCAGGUCCAACUCUGCCUGGAACGCCCAUCGAACGAGGGACAAGAGCAGUCAGGAGACUGCAGCGGUCUGAUUCAUGGAGGGAAGGUGGUGGAGGUGGCUGACUACUUGGAACAGAGGUGUCACUGCGGUAUCUCUGCGCUCCAUCUGCAAAGCACCAAUUUUUCUUGUGUGUCUGGAUGGCUGCGGGUGUGGGGAGACAUCAGGGCGCUGUCGGACCACCAGGCGGCGCACAUCAGCCAGACGUUCAGCACCACCUCCUCCCCUGCUGAGGCCUGCUCAACUCCUACCCCAGAGGGUUACAAAGAUACAGCCUCGGCCUUGGGGUUACAGAUCGGUCUGAUCAUUUUGGUGCUUAUCCUGCUUGGACUCGGCGCUGCUCUGUUCACAUAUUUCUACAGGAGGAGGCAUCCUCCAGACUAUUACACCAUGGAGCUGAGCAAACACGCAGAGGGAAUGUCUGAUCUAUAAUCAACGCUUUGAAUUGCCGUGUUUACAUCUGGAAAAGACGACGUUUGAGGGAAGCGAGUGAUGGAUGGAGAUAUUCAGAGGCUUGUUUCAGGUGUAUGUAAGCAGAGCUGCUCCAGGUGACCCUCUGUGUGACGACACAGGACUGACCGAUGAGAAUCAUUUUGUAAAAGUUUGCUCCAGUAUCAUCAGAUCAGGCAACACCAGACUAAGGACUGAUGAGCAUCCUUUUCAUUUGAACUCUGCUGGUUUGUAAGGGAAAUGAAAAAGAAGGGAGCUGUUUCCCAUUUGAGUCCUAAAUACUCAUUUUGUUGAUCUGUUUGUUUGAUUUUGGAUAAACUUUAUAAAUCCGUACCAUUGAAACAAUGUUACUUUGGAGCGUUUUAGCAAGAAGCUCCUAAAAAAAUAUCUGUUCUGCUGACCUGUGUCGUUUUAAUUCAUUUUAGGUUACAGAUGAUCAAAGGUUUUGACAGUUCCUUAAAUGUGAAUUACUUUUAACAGACACAAGUACCUAUAACCACUUUUUAUCUGCCUGCUUAAAGCAAAUUGUUU